UGUACUGUUCAGUGAUUAUUAGAAAUAGGUUUACAAGAUAAAUUAUUUUUAAGCAAGUACAAGCUUACUUAUUUACUAUUGUUUUAUUAGAGAUUCAACAAAUUAUUCCAUUGUUGAACCGUGAUUUUCCACAAGAGUAAUCAUUUGGAUUUUGAAGAAAAGGAAAAAAAUGAAUAAAGUGAAGAAGCUGUACAAACCAAAUUUAGAAGAACUUCAGUAUGCAUUAACAAACGGCCUGAAAAGCAAUUUUGCCGAAGUGUCUGUUGACGUUGUCGACUGUCCCGACCUCACUAAAGAACCUUUUGGUCUGAAGUCAAAAGGACUAGGAGGAUCGACAGCAGUAGUAGAUGUUGGAGGGCCACCUUAUCUUUUGCCCAAUGUCUUCCGUGACAAAUUAUACGAUUUUCGUGAUGUCGCUAAAACUGUCAACCUCAAUCCUUGCUUCAUUGUCGGAGCCGGAGCCGGACCCUGGCCUUACGCUAACACCAACUGUGAAAUGAUAGCGAAUGUAGUUGUUCAAGAUGGAAAGGUUGACAGUGGUACUGUUAUUUCUAAAAUAUCCAAAGAUACCGGGAAAAUGGAAGUGGAGUUCAUUUCAAAAGAUGAAAGCAGGUUUGCUCUACUGGCAAACUUUUUUGUGUCAGAAGGAAAAGAAUCUAAGGUAUUGAAAGUAAAUUGUAAAAAGAGGAAAGGAAAUCUGGAUUUUGUCACAGCCAUGAGGACUUCGCUUGCUAAUCAUUUCUAUGAUAAAUACAUUGGCAUGGGUGGACUUUUUGUUGUAAAGAAAGGAAAAGUGAGACAACAUGUUAUGCAAGACUUCUCUGAAAAGCCGCUCAACACUGAAAAAGAUCUCAACGAAUGGCUCAGGUUUUUUGAAAUGUCUGCUCCUUUGAUUGCACUUGGUGCAUUCCUAUCGCAGGACGUGCCAGAUUUCGACCUGAGAGUGCAACAUUUUCACAGCUUCAGCCAUCACAACGAAGCAGGGCAUUAUCACUACGACACUACCCCGGACGACAUCGAGUAUGAAGCUUAUUUGAAUGUAGCCGACACUCUACAUAGGAUCGAUCAACCUCUUGUGACCCACAAGUUUGGAAGGGACUGAUUUUCCAAAAAAGAAAGUCCCUAUUUUCAAGAAGUAAAUUUUGUUAGUAAAUUUAAUAUAAGUUUAAUUCAAACAGAA